AGUUUUAGUUUUCUCUUUAUUAAUACAGUUUAUUAGUUUCAAUAAUGGCAAUAAGCAUUUAAAUAAAUAGCUUAUAAAAUGUUGACUACCGACAUCUGUAGAAUAUGUUUAAAUAAAAAUGUUCCCAUGUUUAUACUGAAUAAUACUUUACAAAACUUAUUCGAAACACUAAUAAAUGGAUAUAUACGUUCCGAUGUUAAGCCGGUAUUGGCUUGUUUUAUUUGUUUUGCGAAAUUGAAGAGAUGUAGAAGAUUACAACUGCAAGCAAUAAAGUCCAACGAACUUUUAAACAAGAUAUCUGUUGAUGGAAAUGAGCUUCCCGAGUUAAUUGAUACUCAGAGAGUUAAUCAAGAUUAUCUUCAAUUCACACCUAUUUAUCAUAUACAUUUAGAAGAAAUAAAUAUAGAGGAUAAACCAAAGAUUGAUGUUAUACCAACAUUGGUUAAAAAUGAAAUAGAGAAUGUAUUAGAAGAUCGAAUAGAUCAGGACUCGGCUACGGAAUUAAAUUUUGAUACAUUCCAAAAUACAGUAAGUGACUCCGAAGAUGAUAUUCCUCUCAUUGCUAUUGGUAAUAAAAAGAUAAAAGAGACGCCAAAAAUAAAUAAAAAACGACAAAAGAGAGAUAACAAAGAUUUUAAAGUGGACGCAAAGGAAAUAGAUUUGACAGAAGAGGAGCAAAGACAGGAAUUAUUACAAAGAGCGAGUUCAGAUAAUUAUUUAAAUUCUCCAUACAAAUGUGAGAAAUGCUACAAAGGUUUUGUGGACCCUCAAGCAUUUAGUAAUCAUAAAGAGAAACAUGAUAAGCGCAGCGGUCCUUACGAAUGUACAAUAUGUCAACUUAGAUAUACAAGUGCAAGGCAGCUCCGAGCUCAUUCGGUGUCAGCGCACUCGCGGCGAUACUCGUGCAGUAAAUGCCCGCAUCGAUCACAUACUAGACAUCAAGCCAAAGAUCAUGAAAAAUGGCAUAACGGGUUUACAUACCCUUGUCGUGUAUGCGGACAGAAAUUCCAGAAACCGACGUCUUUUUUAACGCAUAUGCGUAAAAAUCAUUCGGAACACGUAUGUGUUAGAUGUGGAGAUAGUUUUGUAGGAAAACAUGGACUUUUGAUGCAUUUAAGUAAAACACAUAAACGGGAUGAGGAAAAAGAUAACUCAGAAGUAACAGCUAUGAAGAGAUUCUGUUCCGAAUGUAAUAUACAAUUUCUCAAUUUAAACGCAUGGAAGAAACAUAUAUUAACAUCUUUCAAACAUAUGAGGAAUGGAAACAGUAUGUGUGAUAUUUGCGGGGUGUCGGUGACGUCAGAGAGCCGCGGCUCGCACAUGCGCAGUCAUAUGAGGGAGCUUCGCCCUCCGGCCGCAGCGCCCGCGGAAGCCUCCACCCCUACGCUACGUUGUUCACAGUGUGAGAGUCAAUUUACAUCGCGUUCAAGACUACAAGCGCACGUGAGACGAGUUCACCUCGGACUGAAGUAUGACAAGAACGUGGUCUGCGAAAUGUGCGGGAAGAAAUGCACCUCGGCGGCCAGUCUGCGCUACCACCAGCGCGCGCACACCGGCGAGCGGCCGUACGCGUGUGCGCUCUGCCCCGCCUCAUUCGCGCAGCGCGCGCCGCUGCGGGUGCACGCGCGCACGCACUCCGGCGAGCGGCCGUACGCCUGCCACACGUGCGGCAAGCGCUUCACGCAGAAACCCGCCCUCAAUAGACAUUACAGAGUACAUUCAGGUGCGAGGCCGUACUCUUGUACACAAUGUACUAAAUGUUUCAGUCAAUCUAAUUCAUUGAAGUUGCAUAUACGAACAGUACAUUUGAAGCUGCCGCUCAGGAAGAAAGAAAACCAGCAAUAAAAUAUAAGAAAUA